GAAGAGUGCUGGGAGGGGGUGACGUGGCGGUGACGGGGGCAUAAACUAAAAUGAGUGGCAGAAGUUCUAGCCAAUCGACAAUCAAACUGGCUGGGCAGUCUGCAUACUCGAGGCCUCCCGGAGCGCUGGAGACUUCGGGAAAGCACCAAUGAGAUUUACAGAAAUCUGAUUGGCCUUCACUUUCACCAAUCAAUGGCGUGCUUGGCGGAAGCGUCCCACCCUCAGUUUUCACUGGGCGGUGUGGAAUGACAGGCCCAAGAGAAAUGCCAAUGUCCUAGGGGUCUUCCGCAAGUGACACUCGGCGGCACCAAUCGACUUUUUCCUUCCCGGCGGCCGAGCCCUCCUCCCCGCGGCCGGCCUGGCGGGGCGGGGACGGUGCGCGGCGGCGGCUGAUGCGCUAGCCGUGUGGGGCCCUCCGGGCGGCGACGGCGGCUCUCGUAGGCGGUUCCGGUCCUGUAUCUCAGGGCGGCGGCGGCUCAUGGCGGCGACGGAACUGAGAGGAGUGAUGGGCCCGGGCCCGACAGCCAUGGCGGCUCCGGGCGGCGGCGGCGCCGGUCCCCCCAUGGUGGGAGGAGGCGGCGCGGGCGGCCGCGGAGACUCGGGGCCAGGCUCCGCGGCCGCGCCGAGCACGGUGGCCGCGGUGUCGGCGGGCGGCCCGGGUCCCGGGGCCGGGGGAGUGGCGGCAGCGGGCCCGGCUCCUGCGCCGCCGGCGGGGGGCUCGGGCGGCUCGGGCGCUGGGGGAUCAGGCUCGGCUCGCGAGGGCUGGCUCUUCAAAUGGACCAAUUAUAUCAAAGGCUACCAGCGGCGGUGGUUCGUGCUGAGCAACGGGCUCCUGAGCUACUACAGGUCAAAGGCAGAAAUGAGGCACACCUGCCGUGGUACCAUCAACCUCGCCACAGCCAACAUCACCGUGGAGGACUCCUGCAACUUCAUCAUUUCCAACGGGGGUGCUCAGACAUACCAUCUGAAGGCAAGCUCAGAAGUGGAGCGGCAGCGCUGGGUGACAGCCCUAGAACUGGCCAAGGCCAAGGCUGUGAAGAUGCUGGCUGAAUCAGAUGAGUCCGGAGAUGAGGAGUCCGUCUCCCAGACUGACAAGACGGAGCUGCAGAACACCCUGCGGACCCUGUCCAGCAAAGUGGAGGACCUGAGCACGUGCAACGACCUGAUCGCCAAGCACGGCACGGCGCUGCAGCGCUCGCUCAGCGAGCUCGAGUCCCUGCGGCUGCCCGCCGAGAGCAACGAGAAGAUCAAACAGGUCAACGAGCGGGCCACGCUCUUCAGGAUAACGUCCAACGCCAUGAUCAACGCCUGCAGAGAUUUCCUUGUAUUGGCCCAGACCCAUAGUAAAAAGUGGCAGAAGUCCCUGCAGUAUGAAAGAGACCAGCGCAUCCGACUGGAAGAGACCCUGGAGCAGCUGGCAAAGCAGCAUAAUCACCUGGAGAGAGCCUUCCGUGGAGCCACGGUGCUGCCGGCAAACACUCCUGGCAGCACUGGUUCUAGUAAAGAUCAGUGCUGCUCUGGCAAAGGAGACAUGAGUGAUGAGGACGACGAGAAUGAAUUUUUUGAUGCUCCUGAGAUCAUCACCAUGCCUGAAAACUUGGGCCACAAGCGCACUGGCAGCAACAUCAGUGGAGCCAGCAGUGACAUCAGCCUUGAUGAACAGUACAAGCAUCAGCUGGAAGAGACCAAGAAGGAGAAGAGAACGAGGAUACCGUACAAGCCAAACUAUAGCCUCAAUUUAUGGAGCAUCAUGAAGAACUGCAUCGGGAAAGAACUCUCAAAGAUCCCCAUGCCGGUGAACUUUAAUGAGCCCUUAUCCAUGCUUCAGCGCCUUACUGAAGACCUGGAAUACCAUGAGCUGUUAGACCGUGCUGCAAAGUGUGAGAACUCUCUAGAACAGCUCUGUUAUGUUGCAGCUUUCACCGUGUCCUCCUACUCCACCACUGUCUUCCGUACCAGCAAGCCAUUCAACCCACUCCUUGGGGAGACCUUCGAGCUGGACCGAUUAGAGGAGAAUGGGUACCGAUCCCUCUGUGAGCAGGUGAGUCAUCAUCCCCCUGCGGCCGCACACCAUGCUGAGUCCAAAAAUGGCUGGACAUUGCGCCAGGAAAUCAAAAUCACCAGCAAGUUUCGAGGCAAAUACCUCUCCAUUAUGCCCCUCGGUAGCAUCCACUGUAUUUUCCAUGCAACUGGGCACCACUACACUUGGAAGAAAGUUACCACAACAGUGCACAACAUUAUCGUGGGCAAGUUGUGGAUCGAUCAGUCUGGUGAAAUCGAUAUUGUGAAUCACAAGACAGGAGACAAGUGCAAUCUUAAAUUUGUUCCUUAUAGCUACUUCUCCCGGGAUGUAGCAAGAAAGGUGACAGGAGAAGUGACAGACCCGUCAGGAAAAGUUCACUUUGCCCUCCUGGGGACGUGGGAUGAGAAAAUGGAUUGUUUCAAAGUACAGCCAGUCAUUGGGGAAAAUGGGGGUGAUGCUCGGCAGCGAGGCCACGAGGCGGAGGAAAGCAGGGUCAUGCUGUGGAAGCGGAAUCCCUUACCGAAGAAUGCAGAAAACAUGUACUACUUUUCAGAGCUUGCUCUAACUCUCAAUGCCUGGGAAGCUGGCACUGCCCCCACAGACAGCCGAUUGCGGCCUGACCAGAGACUGAUGGAAAACGGGCGCUGGGAUGAAGCAAAUGCUGAGAAGCAACGCCUAGAGGAAAAACAGAGACUUUCCAGAAAGAAGAGGGAAGCCGAAGCUAUGAAAGCCACAGAGGAUGGCACACCCUACGAUCCCUACAAGGCACUGUGGUUCGAGCGGAAGAAGGACCCCGUCACCAAGGAGUUAACCCAUAUUUAUAGGGGCGGAUACUGGGAGUGUAAAGAGAAACAGGACUGGAGCUCGUGCCCAGACAUUUUCUGAACCAGCCCUAACAGAAGGAGGAGGACGCAAAGCUGUCGAGGACAGAGGAUGCGCGGGAAAGCUGGCCGGCGUGACUCUUACCGAGCGAGCGCUUUCCUCGAGUUUGUCUGUCUUAACCAAUCAUUUUUUCCAAAUCAAUCACCAGAAGCAGACACCAUCGGUGGUGAUUGGCUGGUUGCCUUAGCUGAUUGAAACUGAAAUCGACAUUCUAGAUACUGUGCUCGGAGGGAGAGGGGUAGCGGCCGAAAGUUAGUGUAAUCCCACUUGGGCAGAGGCGAGUGCUCUGGGCUCUUCCUUCUCCUUCUGCCCCCAUCUGAGAUGACGUCAUUCGCCCUCCCCUCAGAGCGUCCUGCUCAGCCAAGAUCUGCGGAAGGUGAUGAUUCAGAGGCAUUCUGGUGCUGUUCAGAGCAAAAGCUGAUUUUAGACGUUCCCUUUAAAAAGAAACACGUUGAGACGUACCAGCAGAGGCAUCGGGAAUGCUUGUGAUGGAACUUAGGCAUAACAUUAUGAAAUGUUCACAAGCGGGGACCCUUAACGGGGUGUCCGUGCAGAGAAAACUGGUAUUGGGACGCUUGCCAGAGGGCUGGAACGUUCAGAGUUAAAUUCUUGGAAGUUUCGAUGAUCUUCACUCGCGUAAAACACCCUGCUGCUGUUCUCCAUCUUCUUUGACAGCAACCAGGGCCACUGGGGUGGUCGGUGGUAGGAGGGUUGCUUUAUCCUCACAAAGGGGUUUUACGGACUCGCUCAGGCAGAGAACUUCUGAGAACACAGGCAGGAUGGAAAGAGACUGCUGGCCACUUCAGCUUUGCUGUCCCUUCUCACCCCCGUCCUUCACUGCCUUUCUCCUCUUCUCUCUCCCGGCACAGUACCAAUCCAGGUUUGGGCCCCAGUCUGGAGCAAAGCAUUACCUGUCCCGUUCUGAUACCCUUCAGAAUCUGCGAGAAGGAGAUGCUCUGGAAUAAGUUUUCACCAUCUCUCAAGCCCCAUGGACUGGAGCCACCUCUGGAAUAAUGUGUUAAAUAUCUGUAUAUUAUAUAUAUGUAGAGAAAAAUCUAAAUUUUUUUUUUUUGGUUUGAUUUUCCUUCUUCCCAUUAAGAAUCUUGUUUUUUUGAUACCACUCGUCUCCCUGGGAGACUCUCUUGGACACACUGAUGUGGGUUGGAGCCUCCUCUGCUUUCCAUCUUUCAGGGUCAGACAGAUUCAAAACCUGAGCAGGACCCCAUCCAGCAGUUACUGAGCAGGGACUUCAUCCAUGGUUGGUGUCAUGGGGCACCCACCACUGUCCAAGCUCUGCUCUCCUAAUUACCUGACUCUUGAAAAUGAAAUCCUGACCUCUUUCCUAUCGUUUUUCCUCCUUUUGUUAGGAAGGCUCUGGGUAGAAAGUCCGGAGGGUCAUUUUGGGGUUAGGCCGGCCUCUGGCCAAAUCACAGCACCAGACAGCUCAUUCUCCAAAAGAGCCUUCUUCCCAGGAAUCGGAGCUAAAAACACCUGGCAGGUGGGGUUGGCAAGAGAACUGCUCCUGUCGGGCCCUGGUUUCCUUCCUUUUUUUCGUUUGGCAUUUGUUUAAGUUGUCUUGUUCAGAAACCUAGCCCCCGUGCCACCCACCCUUGGUUGAGGAUCACAAAUUGAGGUGCCUUCCUUGUAUGCUUUUUGUUAGCGUUUUUUCAUUUCUGUUCCUUAACUGCUGAGCCUCAGCCGGUGUGGGUCCGAGGGAGAGUAUCAUUCCAGAGGAAGCCAUCCCGCGCGGGGUGGCUGGAUUGACGCUGGCGAAGUAGUACUUUCAUUCCCACCCCCCGCCCCUCCCUUCCUAGCUGUGAUGAACUCAAGAGGGGCACCUCCUGGGAGCUUCUUUCAAGGAGGCCUGUGAAAGCGAUGACCUAAGGAGGGGGGCUUCAGACGGAGUGGGAACUCCCCAGCUAAGCAACGUCCCCGCUGUAUUCCCCCACCCCUCCACCAUCUAUCUGCACUACAUUUCCAGCCUGACCCCCCAGUCAGAUUCCUGCUAAUGGAAGAAACUUCGAGUCCUUCAGGUGAAAUAAAGUCAUGUGAAAACAAAACAAAACGAUA